AUGGCAUCAUCAACCUCCUCCCCGGCUCCUGGCUCCAGGUCCAAGAAGCCUCUGGGCAAGAUGGCUGACUGGUUCAGGCAGGCCCUGUCGAGGAAGCCCACGAAGAAGCCCGUCUCCCCAGAAAGCGCCCCCAGCGACGUUUCGCAGCCGAGCUCACCAGACAGCCCCCCAUCCCUGGGCCGCAGCUCAGAGGUGUCUCCCAUCCCUACACCGUCGCACGGGGGCGCCGACGGCGGCGGCGGCAGCAGCAGCAGCGGCCGCUGGAGCAAGGACUAUGAUGUGUGCGUGUGCCACAGCGAGGAGGACCUGGUGGCCGCCCAGGAGCUGGUCUCCUACCUGGAGGGCGGCGCCGCCAGCCUGCGCUGCUUCUUGCAGCUUCGCGACGCCACCCCCGGCGGCGCCAUCGUGUCCGAGCUGUGCCACGCGCUGAGCAGCAGCCACUGCCGCGUGCUGCUGAUCACCCCGGGCUUCCUCCGGGACCCGUGGUGCAGGUACCAGAUGCUGCAGGCGCUGAGCGAGGCCCCCGGGGCCGAGGGCCGCACCAUCCCGCUGAUGUCCGGCCUCAGCCGAGCCGCCUACCCCGCCGAGCUCCGAUACAUGUACUUCGUGGACGGCCGCGGUCCCGAACGUGGCUUCCGCCAAGUCAAGGAGGCUGUCAUGCGGUACCUGCAGACCCUUGGCUGA